AUGGAUAUUUGUUCCAUAUUUUUAUUUCCCAGUUGUGAAGCAGACUUUAUUUACUUAAUCUUUUAUGUGGAACAUUUUCAGGCAACCAAUGUUGGAUUGUCCAGAGUAUUUUCACUGGCAAAACCGGAUGCUGGGAAGCUUAUAAUCGGCACCAACGCGCUUCUUAUAGCAUCUGCAUCGGGUUUCCUGAUUCCUAAAUAUGGUGGAAUGAUAAUAGACAUCGUGUCAAGAGAAAUAAAGACCCCACAACAGCAAUCACAAGCUUUGGAUGCCAUCAAAUACAUCAUAACAUAUAUUCUUCUGAUAAUUGUAAUAGGGUCUAUAUGCAGAGCAGUUCAAGCAUGGUUGUUUUCUUCUACUGGUGAAAGGAUUGUUGCUAGGCUAAGGCUUAACUUGUUCACUCACCUUAUCCAUCAGGAAAUAGCCUUUUUUGAUGUUACUUCAACAGGCGAACUCCUCAACAGGCUAUCUGAGGACACACAGAUCAUUAAAACUGCAGCAACAUCCAAUCUUUCAGAGGCACUUCGGAAUCUAACAAGUGCCAUUAUUGGCAUUGGCUUCAUGUAUUCAUCAUCCUGGAAGCUAACAUUGCUAUCCUUGGUAGUAGUUCCAGUUGCCGCAGUCGCCAUGCGUAGAUUCGGACGAUAUCUCAAACAACUUUCACACACAACACAAGCUGCAGCUGCAGUGGCUGCCUCGGUUGCUGAGGAAUCUUUUGGAGCUAUUCGAACAAUUAGAUCUUUUGCUCAAGAAGGCUAUGCAGUCUCCAAGUACUCCGAGAAGGUUGAUGAGAGACUGAAGAUUGGACUCAAACGAGCUGUGAUAGUUGGUCUGUACUUUGGAGGGCAGAACGCUGCAUCCAAACUGUCAAUUUUUAUAGUGGUGAGCUAUGGAGCCUACUUGACAAUAACGGGAUUCAUGACUGCUGGUUCUCUUACAUCUUUCAUCCUUUAUAGUCUCACAGUUGGAUCCUCAGUGUCCUCAUUAUCAGGAUCAUAUGUAUCUGCCAUGAAAGCUGCAGGGUCAAGUAGGAGGGUUUUCCAGCUAUUUGAUCGUGUCUCAGGCAUGCCAAAACCAGGAGAUAAGUGUCCAGUGGGAAAUCCAGAUGGAGAUGUAGAAUUGGAUGAUGUCUGGUUUGCUUAUCCUUCUCGGCCAAGUCAUAUGGUACUUAAGGGAAUAACUAUGAAACUGAAGCCUGGCUCAAAAGUUGCCCUUGUUGGACCCAGUGGUGGUGGAAAAACGACAAUAGCAAACUUAAUCGAAAGGUUUUACGAUCCUCUCAAGGGAAAGAUUUUGUUAAAUGGGGUUUCUUUACUGGAAAUAUCACAUCAAUAUCUUCAUAGAAAGGUUAGCAUAGUUAGCCAGGAACCAGUCCUUUUCAAUUGUUCCAUAGAGGAGAACAUUGGGUAUGGAGUCAAUGGCGAAGUCGGCAAAACUGAGAUACAAUAUGUGGCUAAAAUGGCGAAUGCCCAUGGAUUCAUUGAAAAAUUUCCUGAGAAAUAUGAAACAGUUGUGGGUGAACGGGGCUUGAGGCUGUCAGGAGGUCAAAAACAAAGACUAGCAAUUGCAAGAUCACUGUUAAUGAAUCCCAGUGUAUUGCUUUUGGAUGAAGCCACAAGUGCUCUUGAUGCUGAGAGUGAAUACCUAGUUCAGGAAGCUAUGGAUUCAUUGAUGAAUGGUAGGACUGUUCUAAUCAUAGCACAUAGGCUGUCAACAGUAAAAAAUGCGAACAACGUAGCUGUUAUCUGUGAUGGUCAGAUAGCUGAGAGUGGCACUCAUGAACAGCUUCUCACACAGGAUGGUAUCUACACAGCACUUGUUAUGAGGCAACUACAAUGAUCAAACACUAAUUAAUAAUAUCUAUUAUACUAAUAACAAUACUUUUAAUGUGUUUCUAUUUCGGAUAUUCAAUCUCGUAAUAAAUUAUCAACUUUGUUUCAGUAA